CAACUCACAGCAUAAAGCCCGAAUAUGUUAAAAAUACCGACGACGACUUGCUAAAAAUUGCUACUGGUUAUACACGUGAAGCCGGUGUUAGGAACUUGGAGAGAGAGAUUGCCGGAAUAUGUAGAGCUAAGGCAGUGGAAUAUGCUAAUGCAAAUGAUAAUGGAAAAACGAAUACAUAUCGUUCAGAAGUUACUAUAAAUGACAUAGUGACUAUUCUUGGGGUGGAAAAAUUUGAUGAUGAUAUAGCUGAACGUAUGACAAAACCUGGUGUUGUCACAGGACUAGCAUGGACAGCAACCGGUUCUGGCGGUAUUUUGUUCAUUGAAGCUACUCAAAUGCCCGGAAAAGGCAAUCUUCAGUUGACAGGCAAAUUGGGUGAAGUUAUUAAGGAAUCCGCUCAAAUCUCUAUUUCGUGGGUACGGGCACAUUCAUUCCAGUUGGGCAUUACGACGGCAUCUACAGAAUCUACAUUCUUCUCUCAAAAAGAUAUUCACAUACAUUUUCCUUCUGGUGCAGUACCGAAAGAUGGUCCAUCUGCGGGUGUCGCCUUAAUAACAGCUCUUGUUUCCUUAUUUACACAUAGAUGUGUGCCUUCUAAAACAGCUAUGACUGGUGAAAUUACAUUACGUGGUCAAGUGCUCCCCGUAGGAGGUAUUAAAGAAAAAAUUAUUGCAGCACAUCGUGCUGGCAUUAAUAAAGUUAUCCUGCCUUCACGAAAUCGUAAAGAUGUUGACGGAGAUGUACCAGUAAAUGUAAAAGAAAAUAUUAGAAUCGUAUAUGCUGAUAAUGUUUAUGAUGUUUUACAAGCAGCAUUUGAUGGGGAAAAAAUAUGGAUGGAGCCUUCUUCAAUAGUAGAA